CGAGACGCUCCCAGAGGAAUCGUCUUUCCUCUGCGAGCCUGAGCUCAGCACUGAUCUGCUGGUGAAGGAUGGCAGCUAUAUCGAGAGCUACAUCGAGGUCAACAAGAAGGAUGAAGACAAAGACGACAAGAAGCCCAAAAGGCGCAACUCCGGCCGCAAGAAUCGACGGAAAAAGAACAAAAUAUCUCCAGCGAAAGACCUGCCUUCUUCCCAAGCUUGGACCGAAGACCCAAACCCUACUAGCUGGAACAACCAAUCCUCAGUUUCUAAAAUUUGCGACGAAAAUAUCGGAAAAAACGUCAAUGAUCUAACUGACAAAAGUAAUAAGAAAGAAGACUAUGACAAAACCGUCUAUAAGGUGAUAGAUAAGUUAGAAAAAGUGGGGCUGAAAGAUGACAUGUAUUUGGCUGGAGAUUUCAAUACGGAGGAGUUGGAGAAUGACUUCUUUUAUAGUUCUGAUGACUUGGAGGACUCGUUUGAUGACACGUCCUCAGAACCUGACGAUUCAAGCGAGGAAGUGUACGGCAGUCUACCACCAGAGCCUCGCUUCGGGAACGUGGAGUACAAACUACAGCUCGUAGCGCCGUGCGAGAGAAGGUUCCAGCAUUUGGUGACGCAGCUAAAAUGGCGUCUCCGCUCCGGCGGCGGUAGCGCAGUCUACGUAUUAGGCGUUCGAGAUUGCGGAGCGCUUCGAGGACUCCGAGCGAGAGCCCUUAGGGCCUCGCUGCACUCUCUCCGCAAGAUGGCGGCCACACUGGACGCGACUCUGACGCACGUGACGGCGAGACGCGUGGCGCCGCACCGCGCCGUGGCCGAGGUCUACGUCAGGAAGCUAGCGGACACACAACAAAGCGUGGAACUAAGAGUAGCAGUAAUGGGAGCGAACGAAGCCGGCAAGUCUACCCUCGUAGGAGUGCUAACUCAGGGUGAAUUGGACAACGGCCGAGGCAGUGCUCGUCUGAACAUGUUCCGGCACUUGCACGAAGUCAAGAGCGGUCGCACUUCCUCGCUCAGCCACGAGAUACUCGGCUUCGAUGCUCAGGGUAACGUGGUGAACUACGGAUGUUCGGAACUGAUGACAGCGGAGCGUAUAGGCGAGAGAUCUGCCAAGCUGGUGUCUUUCUUGGAUCUGGCAGGACACAGCAAGUACCAGCGGACUACGCUACACGGGCUGUCUGGGUACUGUCCACAUUGGGCCAUGCUGCUGAUAUCAGCCACAGCCGGUAUCACCCGCAUAACAGAGGAGCACCUAGGGCUCCUGCUCGCGCUGGACCUGCCUUUCUUCGCCGUCGUCUCCAAGUGCGACAUCGCCGCGGCCGGCGUGCAGCCCGCGCUGCGACGGUUGGCCGAGCUGCUCAGACCACAUGGGAAGGAGCACCUAGGGCUCCUGCUCGCGCUGGACCUGCCUUUCUUCGCGGUCGUCUCCAAGUGCGACAUCGCCGCGGCCGGCGUGCAGCCCGCGCUGCGACGGUUGGCCGAGCUGCUCAGACCACAUGGGAAGGAGCACCUAGGGCUCCUGCUCGCGCUGGACCUGCCUUUCUUCGCGGUCGUCUCCAAGUGCGACAUCGCCGCGGCCGGCGUGCAGCCCGCGCUGCGACGGUUGGCCGAGCUGCUCAGACCACAUGGCAAGGAGCACCUAGGGCUCCUGCUCGCGCUGGACCUGCCUUUCUUCGCGGUCGUCUCCAAGUGCGACAUCGCCGCGGCCGGCGUGCAGCCCGCGCUGCGACGGUUGGCCGAGCUGCUCAGACCACAUGGCAAGGCUGUCACCUUCGUAACAGAGGAGCACCUAGGGCUCCUGCUCGCGCUGGACCUGCCUUUCUUCGCGGUCGUCUCCAAGUGCGACAUCGCCGCGGCCGGCGUGCAGCCCGCGCUGCGACGGUUGGCCGAGCUGCUCAGACCACACGGGAAGAAACCAUUCCUGAUCACUGAUGAGAACUUGGCGCGGAACUGCGUGGCGCCACAGAACUUGAUUCUGGACACCAUAGACAACGGGGACGACGGAACCCCCGUUCAAAAGGAGGAGGAAUCGCCUCUAGAAAGGGUGUGCGUGUUUCCCGUAUCGUGCGUACGCGGGAGCGGUCUCAAUGCGCUACACGCUUACCUACUAGCGCUACAGCCAACCAAUGCUAGGCACACCGCGCUACACGAAAGCUGCGAGUUCCAAAUCGACGAGAUAUUCCACGUGGGGGAUACAGCGGGGCCAGUUGUAGGUGGACUUAUGACGCGAGGACAACUGUACGAGGGCGACCGCCUCAUCAUCGGUCCAUUCGAAACGGGCGAGUUCCGACAGAUAUCAGUCCGCACAAUCUACCGCAACCGCGCUCGUUGCGGUGGCGUGCGCGCGGGACAUUGCGCCAGCCUCGGGCUCGCUCUCCCGCCGGGACAAGGGGCUGUCAGGCUCCGAGCGGGAAUGGUGCUGUUGGGAGCUCCCGAGGGAGACGCCAAGCCGGUCAAGUUUGGCGCAUGCAUUGGCGCCUGCAAGAGCAAUGAUCAGGUGAGCACGUUUCGGAGUAUCCCUGCUGGUUUCCACUGCGCCAGCCUCGGGCUCGCGCUCCCGCCGGGACAAGGGGCUGUCAGGCUCCGAGCGGGAAUGGUGCUGUUGGGAGCUCCCGAGGGAGACGCCAAGCCGGUCAAGUUUGGCGCUUGUGUGGGCGCUUGCAAGAGCAAUGACCAGCGUUUCGGAGUUUCUGGUUUCCACUGCGCCAGCCUCGGGCUCGCGCUCCCGCCGGGACAAGGGGCUGUCAGGCUCCGAGCGGGAAUGGUGCUGUUGGGAGCUCCCGAGGGAGACGCCAAGCCGGUCAAGUUUGGCGCUUGCGAUGGCGCUUGCAAGAGCAAUGAUCAGCGUUUCGGAGUAGCCCUGCUGGUUCCCACUGCGCCAGCCUCGGGCUCGCGCUCCCGCCGGGACAAGGGGCUGUCAGGCUCCGAGCGGGAAUGGUGCUGUUGGGAGCUCCCGAGGGAGACGCCAAGCCGGUCAAGUUUGGCGCUUGCGUGGGCGCUUGCAAGAGCAAUGAUCAGCCCUGCUGGUUCCCACUGCGCCAGCCUCGGGCUUGCGCUCCCGCCGGGACAAGGGUCUGUCAGGCUGCGAGCGGGAAUGGUGCUGUUGGGAGCUCCCGAGGGAGACGCCAAGCCGGUCAAGUUUGGCGCUUGCGUGGGCGCUUGCAAGAGCAAUGACCAGCGUAUCGGAGUAGCCCUGCUGGUUCCCACUGCGCCAGCCUCGGGCUCGCGCUCCCGCCGGGACAAGGGGCUGUCAGGCUCCGAGCGGGAAUGGUGCUGUUGGGAGCUCCCGAGGGAGACGCCAAGCCGGUCAAGUUUGGCGCUUGUGUUGGCGCUUGCAAGAGCAAUGACCAGCCCUGCUGGUUCCCACUGCGCCAGCCUCGGGCUCGCGCUCCCGCCGGGACAAGGGGCUGUCAGGCUCCGAGCGGGAAUGGUGCUGUUGGGAGCUCCCGAGGGAGACGCCAAGCCGGUCAAGUUUGGCGCUUGCGUGGGCGCUUGCAAGAGCAAUGAUCAGGCGAAAGAAAUAGUGCUAAACCAUCAACAGAACGCCAAAGACAAGAAAAAUCGCAAGAACGUUCGCCGGAAAAACAAGAACCUACUCCAAGACCUGGCCAACGUUGAGAACUGCCUGACCAAGGCCAUAGACAACGACCAGAACAUCUACAAGUCGGACAGCGAGAGCGUGGACAAGAUAGAGGAUGUUUAUAGAUCUGACAGCGAAGGCGAGAAGGACAAAUCAGACGGGGAGUGCACCUGCCGAGAUGCGGUACUGUUGGAAGACCCCAAUAAUCCUAGGGGGUGCAUAUUCUUCCAGGCGUCAGUGCACGUGCUAAGGCACUCUACAGCGAUUUACCCCGGUUUCCAAUGCACGGUGCACGUUGGAAACGUGCGACAGACCGCUAUCAUCGAGGGCAUCCUGUCCCGCAAUAACGAGGUGCGAGCGGGAAGCGGCGCGUCGCUCGUGUUCCGUUUCACGCGCAAUCCUGAAUACCUGGUCACGGGCCGGCGGCUGCUGCUUACGGCGGGACAGGGGACCAGAGGCAUUGGGAGAGUGACGCAAGUAUUCCCCUACGUCCCUUGA